AUGGCAGCCGCAGCGGUUGCUUCCGCCCCGGCGGAGCCCACGCGCAAGCGGAGCAGAUUUGUGAUGUCCGAGCAUAACCUUGGGCUGAUGCAAGAAAUUGUGCGCAAGGAUCCGGAAUCUUAUCGAGAGGAGUUUAUGAUGCAGUAUCAAUACUAUCUGCACACCAUCAAACUGCUCCAUCUUCAACCAGAGGUCAGCAAGUUGGACAUCCAGCCACUGCUCGACUCGAUCAUUUUCCUACAAGGAGUCGCACAGUUCUAUCCAACCGAAGCAAAAUCGUUCUCGGACACGCUGUUGAUGAUUCUACGGGAACAGUCGACCGGGCUGAACCCCGAGGUCCGCCUACAAUUUUGCAAGUCCCUCAUCUGCCUAAGAAACAAGAACCUCGUCGACCCGUUAGUGUUGACGGAGUUGCUCUUCGACUUGACACGGAUCGAGGAUAAACGGCUGAGAAAAUUCAUUCUCGCCGCCGUCGCUGCGCACAUCAAGCGCUUGAGCAUCAAACGAGACGGGAAAACGCUGGGGAAAAUGCAAAAUUUUUGCAUCGCCAAGUUGAAGGAUUCUCGUUCCAUCGUCGCUCGUGCCGCUCAACUCGUGUUGAUCGACGCGUUCCGCCGAAACUUUUGGCGUGAUGCGAAGACGGUGAACGCCGUAGCCGAAUGCUGUUUCCACAAACUGCCCAAGGUUCAGAUCGCGGCUAUGAAAUUUUUCCUGGGCACCAAAGAAGACGAGGAGGGCAUUGAGUACGAUUCGGCCGACGAGGACGAGAAAGAGGAGAAAGAGGCUCAGCAAAAAACCCUGAAAGACAUCAUGCAAUCGUAUCGGCACGCGAAGAAGACUGCCAAACGCACCAAGGAUUUUGAGAAGGCGAAAAAGGCGCUGAACAAGAAGCGAAAAUCGAAGAAAGAGGGCCGUUCCCGCGAGUGCAACCUGAUGGCCAUCCAGAUGAUCUACGACCCGCAGGAGCUGUCCGAUCGGCUGUACGGGUUGCUCGAGCAGAAGAAGGUCGACAAGUUUGAGGUCCGCCUCUUCCGCAUCGCGUUGAUCGCCCGCCUGCUAGGUAUCCACAAGCUGCAAACACUGGGCUUCUACUCGUAUCUGCAUCGCUACCUGCAGCCGCGUCAGCGAGAUGUCACCCGUAUUUUGCUGUACGCCGCCCAGGCUUGUCACGACCUGGUGCCGCCGGACACAAUCGAGCAGCUCAUCCGCUGCAUUGCGCAGAACUUUAUUUCGGACAGGAAUUCUCCCGAGGCGAUGACUGUCGGAAUCAACGCAGUCCGCGAAAUUCUGGUCAACUGCCCUUUCGCCGCUACCGAGGAACUGAUGAGAGACCUGGCCGAGUACAAACAAUACAAAAACAAAAACGUGUCGAUGGCGGCGAAGGGCCUGAUCGCGCUGUGCCGCACCGUCAACCCAAAGUUGCUGAAAAAGAAGGAUCGGGGCCGUCCCGUGGACAAUGAAGAUACCGAGGAUAAAGAAUACUUUGCGUUCGGCGCGCCAAUCGUUCGCGAUUUCGUGCCCGGUGCCGAGGUGCUGGCCGAUGACGCUGGCGAUGAGGAUGAGGAGGCUGAAGUUUCCGCUUCUGAAAACGAUAGUGAUGAUGAGGGCGAAUGGACACAAGUCGUCAGUGAAUCGGAGGAGGAGUCUGACUCGGAAGGACCGGCCCCGAAAAAGAAGAAGCUAUCGGCUGACGAGGAUGACGACGAGAUUGUGGAAAUUGAGGAUGAGGAGGAUUCCGACGAGGAGGGCGAAGACGGUGAAGAGGUGGAAGACGAGGAUGAGGAGGAGGGAAGUGAAGACGAUGAUGUCGACGAGGAGGAAGAGGAUGAGGCUGAUGCCUCACUGAGCACCAGCAAGGCUGAAUCUGUGGCAGCUGAUGAGCAGAAGCCGGAUGAGAAAGCGGCGACCGUCAGCACAGAUCGCAUCCUCACUCAGUCCGACCAUAAGAAGAUCCGACAGUGGCAAAUGAAAAAGCAGAUCCUUGGCGCAAAGAAGUUGGCCCGCGGCGGCAAAAAGCGCGAGCAUUUGACGAACUCGGAUCGAAAGAUUGAGGAGGAAGUCCUGGAAACAUUCCAAACCCGCGAGACUCGCGACGGAUUGCCCCGCCUCAACGCCAUCGAACAUUUCCACAAAAAGAAGAAGGAAACCAAGGCCGAGCGGAUGGAACGGAUCCAGGAGGGCAGGGAGGGCCGCGGCGAAUUCGGGAAGCCGAAGAAGAACGGUCCCCACGUCGGCCGCACAAAUCGGGAACAAGCCAAGAAGAAGGUCUUCUCAAUGGUACGAGCGAAGAAGCGCGGCGAGAAUCGGCAACGUUCAUUCCGCGACCAGCAAAAAAGUCUUCGGAAUUACCUGCUCCGUCAGUCCGGCCGGAAACCCGGCAAUAUG